GAAGAGGCAGGGACUGGGGCUGAAGAAGAGGCUGCAAUGCAGAAGGAGCCGAUGGAAUGUGUCACCAUGAGGGCUUUCAUGGGCUUCAACUCGAGCUAACAGUUUUUUUUGAGGAACUUUAUCUUCUGACAAUCGAGAGAAACAGAGGACUGCAGAUGCUGGAAUCCAGAAGAAAAACAAGAUGAUGCUGGAAGGACUCAGCAGGCCAGGCAGCGUCCGUGGGGAAAAGCAGACGGUCAACGUUUCAGAAGCAACAUUCCAGAAUAAAGAAAAACCAGAAAUAGGAAGUUGGCACAUGAGCUGUUUCUGACUGACACAUCUGAACUUUGAGCCAAAUCCUGUGACUGCAGAGAGAGAGAGAACCAGAGGUAUAAAUAGCAGUGAACAUCUGGGAUCCCAAUAGUGAGAGAAAACAGAUCAGCAUAGGAACAAGCUGGGAACAAAAUAGCUAAACACCCAAAGCCCUCUGCGUCAAUGCAAAAGGGCCUGGGUGUUGCCCUGACUCUCUGCCUACUCCUCGUGGGGUGGGCAGAGGGUCAGGGACAAUGUGAGAAUCCACCAACAUGGACCAUUGGGAACAAAAAUCCCAUGAAAGACUCUAUGGGGAGAGUGACCGUGGUGGCACUACUGCAGGCCAGCUGACAGUUCUGUAUGGUCCAGGCAGCCAGUCUGAGGCGCCUAAAGCAGAAACUAGAUCAGAAGGGGUUGCUGAACAUCUCCUACAUGGUGGUAAAUCACCAGGGAAACAGCUCACGUAAAAAUUACCAAGUGCUGAAAUCAAAGGUGCAAGAAGCACUGCCUGUGUAUCAACAAGAAAUUGGUCAGCCUGAUGUUUGGACGCUACUCCGAGGCGAGAAGGAUGACUUCCUCAUCUACGAUAGGUGUGGCCAACAGACCUUUCACUUGGGACUGCCAUACACCGACCUCAGAAAAAGAUACGUGGAGCACGGAAUUAGGCAAACGUAUUGUCAAACAAUCUGCACUAAUUGCUCUUUGUCGGACCAGCCUCCAGUGUGUAGUGCCAGAGAUGCAGAAGAACAAACAGAAGCUGAAGCUGGCAACCAUCACGGUCACCAUCGGGGCCAUGCACACAAUUCCUAUAAAAGAGCUAGAAGAUGGCCUCUCCCCAAGAACAGGACCCAGUCAGAACAAGUUGAACACGUUGACCAUCAGCACCACCAGCAUCACCAUCUGCAGCACCAGCACACAGAGUUUUCAGCGAGUGAAGGGGGAGUCCACGGCUUGCACCGGCUGGGAGAUCCAUGAAAAAACACACUGAGGUGCAAGAGGAAGUUCAGCUGAAAGCCCAACGGCAUGUCAGAACUAGCAGGGAUCGGGUGAUGAUGAUACUGCCGUCAACUGCCCCAUCAAAACCCUUCCAAUAAUGAAGUGUUUUGACAAUGCAGGAUACGGUCAUCAUCCUGACAGUGACAGGCAGAGGUUGGUGGGGAGAACCUGUCCGAAUCCUGACAGUGACGACUGCUGUCUGCUCUCUGACCAAUGCAAACCAGGCUGGGGCAGAACCAAUGACAACCUAGCACAAACUGAGGAUGACAAGAUGGGCAGCAGUAAACACUCUGGCUAGAAUGUAAAUUGCUGUUUUCAUAAAGCUUUGAAACCUGUUUGGAUUUCAGCUUUAAGGUUUACUGCGAGUCCUGUAUUCCAUCGUGAGGGCUGAUCUGCUACCAAACAGUAUUACCUGCCCGAUCAGUAUAACGUCCAAGUUAGUCCUUGUCAAUCUUGCUUUUUUUCCCAGUCCUUGUGGUUGUUUCUAUGAGGACAGCUGCACAAACUACACGGUAGUAGCUGCUAUCUGAUGUAAGACAAGCACAAAGGGAAAAUGAGUAAAAAAGAGAAACUAAUCUUCCUAAUCUGCAACAACCUUGCAAAACAUGCUUAUCAACAUCAAUGAAUUUGCAUUUCUGAUCCAUCAAUUUUUCUUGCUAUAAUUCUGAAGAAGAAAAUUCCUCUACUUUGUGGCAUCCACCGAAGUACUGCUAAUUGAAACAAGCAGGAGCAUUUCUUAACAAUUAGUAAAUAACACCCGAAGUUACUGGAAUUAAACACAACCAGAGUAAUCUGUGGUUGGGGCCAUUAACACUUGAGCUGAAUCUCACCUCACAGCUACUUUACUCUCUCAUUUGCUCUAUGACUAAUCAAAGAAAUCCUUUAACGUAAUUGUCAAUAUCCGGCCACAUAUGGCUUUCAGUUAAAAACAAAGACUUGAUUAUGACAAAAGAGUGUUUGUGAUUUGUUUGAAAGCAGGUGCCAUAUUUCAUGAUAGUUACUGGGGAAACCAUGACCCCAGUUUACCUGAAAUCCCUGUGUGGUAAAUGCAAACAGAUUACAUUUUCUGGAAGGUUUACAAUGCACUGAAAGUGUAAAAAGAUGUCAAUAAAAAAGUCUGUUUCUGGAAA